GAAUGUAUUUGUUGGAUAAGGCUUUAGUAGAAGUUGAUCUUUGGGUAAAGAAAGAAGGGGAUGAAUCAGAUGACAAGCAACUACUUUCUGCAUAUGCUGAGAUUGAUGUACGGACUGAAGCUGAUCUCAUGCUUUAUGAACGGAUUUCUGGUGAUAAUUGCAAUUUGGACUUGAAAUAUAUAGUCCUUUCAGAAAGUGUUGAGGCUGUAAUACAAGUAUAUGCAAAGGUCAGCCAUCCUCACCAUGUGUUGUUCACUGCUUUUAGCACCGGAUAUGAUAACUAUCCUCUUCGUGGGGUUGUGCUGUUUGAUGACAAAUUAUUUGGUGAGGAAAAACUAUUCAAGCAUGUUGUCGCGGUGAAAGCAAAUGAAGAACUGCAUGUUUUUUUAGAAGUGAACGGUUCAGUGUUCAAGUGGACUUUUCAAGAUGAACAUGUUGGAGCUGUUGUUUCUCCUGAUGACUCAAUCUUGGACUAUGGCCAGUUCUUCGUGAGGGUGUUGUUUGCUCCAAAGGAUUGUGAGUGAAGCUCAGCUCCAACAUUCUGACAGUGUCGCCAUUGGCUGAAAGCCUGAAGCUCGUGAAAAAAAGUGCUGUUGCUUUUCCUGGUCUUGUAAUUGCGUAACAGUUGAAUUUAUCUUUUUAAGCCCUCUUAGGCAGACAUUAGAAGUAUUAUAUUUUUAUAGCCUUAAACUCGUGAAAACAAGAGAAACCGUUGACUUUUAUGUGGCCCAUCUUUGUAAUAUGACUGCUGGAAACCUGAACAUGUUCAAGUCCAUUUCCUCUGUUA